CUGUGAUAUAAAAGGUUCACCUUUCAUAAUUUCUCCUUUCUACAAGAAUGCGAAUGCUCAUAUUUCCAAACAGCGGUAAAUGAUAUGAUCAUGUAAUCAGGUAGGAAUCAAGACUCCAGAGCCCCUGGAUGGCAUUAAGUUGCCAAGCAUCGCUACCUACCUAGUAAUUACGGCGCAGAUUCCGGAUUCAUAUAAAGGCUAAGUGAAGAUAAGUUAUACCUCGAUUCUGAACUUCGCGAUGUUAUAACACGUUCGCUUCGUCACUCAAUUGGACCAAGAGAUGUUCUUAGUCGAUCACUCGUUCUUAUUCCUGUUCUCUCACCUGGAAGAUAUUUCACUCUGAUAUAACCUCCUUUGUUAUCCGAGAGCUGGGAGCAACACUCGUUCAAAACUCAAGACUCCAUUAUUCAGGGGUAGCGAAGAAUCAAGAUACCGUGGACGAUAUUCGAGCACCAAGAUAUUCAACUGGUAGAUCAUCCUUCACUACCCUAACAAGAUGGCGGGUAUCUUAAGCAGCUACAGCGACAGCACGUGUAACACGCACAACGCCCUGCAAAACAUAUCCGAAUAUGCCUGCGGCGUAACCUUCCAAUUUAAGGACUCGGAUAAUCCGCCAGACAUGCACUACGGCGUAGUAUCUCUUCAGAGAUGCUGUGACGAGGCGAACCAGCCCCUGCUGCGUAUACCGGGAAACACGGGCUGCGAGAUGCAGUUCUGCGAAUUGCCGGCCAUCACGACGUCUUACACAUCGACCAUUAGACAUGGUGGAGCUACCGAGACGGCUCCCCCUACCGUCACGGAGGGCAUCGAAUCCGGCUGGCCUAGCGACGUCGUGUCUUGCAUGAAAUUCGUGUACAAAGGCGAUCUACCAGAUGAUAUCGUGGACGACAUAUCUUACGCGGAUAGCUGGUGCGUUAUUCGGAUGUAUAAUGACGCGCUAGACCCGUCUGAGGUGUCGACUGCCGUGACAGCGAGCGCAGCACCGGCAAGCUGGACAUCGGCGGCUGUAGACCCGUUUGAGAGUAUGUUUUCGUCAAAGACCGCCUCAUCUGCGACUGCGGGAUCCACGUCGACAAGCAACGGAUGCGGCACGUACGCCGACCAGAAGAUGGCGGGUGGAAUAAGGAUAUGGGUCGUCCUUGGAUUGAUGUUCGUCGGUGUAGUUGCAGCUCUUUAAUUCCGUGUUCAAUGGGACAUUUUCGAUAUUGCUACUCGCACGAAACGCCACGGGCGCCACCACCGAUACUACGACGCGCCAAGCAUCUAAUGAUACCUCUCGUCAAUACCCCUCGUUUACGUCGACC